GUCAUAUUUUUGAAAAGUUCUUUUUCUUUGAAAGUCUAAAUUCAAUAUUGUAUUGUGUUUUUCAACUUACUUUUAAUAACUUAAAAAGGGUCGUCUGUUUUCAGUAUCUUAAUCUCAGCUCAACAAAAUAAACAUCAACAUAGGCUUCAUAGCAUCAAUCACAAUCCGAAAUCUUGAUCGCCACUUGAUCAGAAGAAUUUGAGAAAAUAACAAGUUCAUUUUUUAUAAAUAUUUUGUGAGGUUAAUUCGAAGUAUAAUUCAGAUUAGUACCAGAUAAAAUGGAAUAUACUCUAUCUUCCAAUCCGAUCGAUAAUCAAUCAGGCUCGUCUUCAUUGUCUGGUCCAACAACAACUCAAACCAGUCAACCAAUUUAUACGGGAUCGUUACACUCUUCCAAUCCAAUCUAUAAUCAAUCAGGCUCGUCUUCAUUCUCUGGUUCAACAACAACUCAAACCAGUCAACCAAUGUAUACGGGAUCGUUACACUCUUCCAAUCCGAUCUAUAAUCAAUCAGGCUCGUCUUCAUGCUUUGGUCCAACAACACCUCAAACCAGUCAACCAAUUUAUACGGGAUCGUUACACUCUUCCAAUCCGAUCUAUAAUCAAUCAGGCUCGUCUUCAUUGUCUGGUCCAGCAACAUUUCAAACCAGUCAACCAAUUUAUACGGGAUCGUUACCAUCUUUCAAUUCGAUCUAUAAUCAAUCAGGCUCGUCUUCAUGCUUUGGUCCAACAACACCUCAAACCAGUCAACCAAUUUAUAGGAUCGUUACCAUCUUCCAAUCCGAUCGAUGA